UAAGGAAGGUUCCUCCAAGGAUUCAAUACAGCAACUAUAAGCAGAGAAAACAGCAGAAAAUAGCACAAAUGCUGGAAAGGCACGCAGUCGCAGCAUAGCUAAACUUAUUCACAUUUCUGGCAUGGAUGUGUUCUGUAAGACAGCUUCUCUGGAUGUCCACGAGACUAAGACAAUGCCAGCAUGGAAAUCCAGAAUACACAACUUUGUCCACUGUCCGUCCCCAAGGAAGAACUUCAAAAGGCAAUCAGCAAGUGAAACAAGCCUAAUGGAAGAUUCUCUUGAGACCCUCCUUUCCCAGAAAAGUGGGCAAGUGGCAUUUCGGGACUUCCUGAAGUCAGAGUUUUGCGAGGAGAACCUUGACUUUUGGCUGGCCUGUGAGGAUUUCAAAACUCUCAACAAUCCAGAUGAGCUAAUCUGGAGAGCAACAAACAUUUACGAAGAGUUCGUCAGGACUGAGUCUCCUAGAGAGAUCAACUUGGAUUUCUACACCAGAGAAAUCACCACCCAGAACAUCCAGCACCCAAGCCCAUCAUGUUUUGCUCUGGCACAGAAGAAAAUAUACAGUCUAAUGGAGAAUGAUUCCUUCCCACGCUUCAUCAAGUCUGACCAAUACAAAGACCUGCUUGAUGCUGCCGCUAAGCCCAGGAGCCUUGGGAAGCACCGCAAGGCCUUCAAGAUGAAGAUCGACUGCAGCAUGAUUCAAAACCCAUCCGCCUGCAAAAUGACUUGAACCCCAGACACAGCGGCUGAUGCCAUAGAGGUUGCUGUUGACAUCAGGUGUCGCGCUGCCACUGGACUGCUGAUAGACACUGUGCAGACACUUCUUUUGCCAGAAACAUUGCUUUACAAAGCAGUGACAAUGAUAAUGUGGUGUGAGACUGAAAGGCAGCGCUGGUCCCUGACGUGGAUUUAAUCUGGACAGCACAUACAGACUACCUGGGGCACAAGACAUCACCAACACUAGAAUUCAUGCUUUAUUUUCUUCUGUGGCACUUUUGGCUGAAUGAGGUGAUGUCUUUGCCUAAUCUGGACGUGAACUUGAAUAUUUAUGGAUCACCACCUGAUUGCAGCAGGACUGACAAUUCUUUAUCAUGUUUGCAUGUCAAAACUAUGUUUGGCAAUUAAAAACAGUCUGCUUC